AUGGCGGCCAAAAUCGAGGUAGCCGAUGCUACCGUCGAUGGCACUACGGACUUCAAGCCUCUGCGGUCCAAGCAGUAUGACAUCCGGAAACAACACAUCUCAGAGCUUCCUAUCACGCUUAGCAACUGGUACAAGCACAUUGACUGGCUGAAUGUCACGUUUAUUCUCCUUAUUCCUCUGGCCGGGUUUAUCUACGCAUACUGGGUACCCUUGCAUUUCUAUACUUUCAUUUUCGCCAUCGUGUACUACUUCAACACUGGCCUGGGUAUUACAGCAGGCUACCACCGCCUCUGGGCACACACUUCGUACAAGGCAUCGCUCCCGCUACAGAUCUACCUCGCUGCUGUUGGUGCCGGUGCUGUGGAAGGCUCGAUCCGCUGGUGGUCUCGCGGCCACCGUGCCCACCACCGGUACACCGACACCGACAAGGACCCUUACUCCGUCCGCAAGGGCCUGCUCUACUCGCACAUUGGCUGGAUGGUGAUGAAGCAGAACCCCAAGCGUAUCGGCCGCACCGAUAUCACUGACCUGAACGAGGACCCCGUUGUCGUCUGGCAGCACAAGCACUACAUCAAGACAGUUCUGACCAUGGGCAUCUUCUUCCCUAUGCUCGUCUGCGGUCUGGGCUGGGGCGACUGGCUCGGCGGCUUUGUGUACGCCGGCAUCAUCCGCAUCUUUGUUGUGCAGCAGGCCACCUUUUGCGUCAACUCUCUCGCUCACUGGCUCGGAGACCAGCCGUUUGACGACCGCAACUCGCCACGUGACCAUGUCAUCACUGCUCUCGUUACUCUUGGUGAGGGCUACCACAACUUCCACCACGAGUUCCCGUCCGACUACCGGAACGCGAUUGAGUGGUGGCAGUACGACCCGACCAAGUGGUCCAUCUGGCUCUGGAAGCAGAUGGGCCUGGCCUACGACCUGAAGGAGUUCCGCCAGAACGAGAUCGACAAGGGCCGGCUGCAGCAGCAGCAGAAGAAGCUCGACCAGAAGCGCGCGACGCUGGACUGGGGUACUCCCUUGGAGCAGCUGCCUGUCGUGGACUGGGACGACUUUGUUGAGCAGACCAAGAACGGCAAGGCGCUGGUGGCUAUUGCGGGUGUCGUCCACGAUGUGACGGCGUUUGUGCAGGACCACCCGGGCGGCAAGGCACUGAUCAAGUCUGCAAUCGGCAAGGACGCUACAGCAAUUUUCAAUGGCGGCGUAUAUAACCACUCCAACGCCGCACACAACUUGCUGUCGACUAUGCGCGUGGGUGUCCUUCGUGGCGGCUGCGAGGUGGAGAUCUGGAAGCGCGCCCACUACGAGAGCAAGGACAUAUCUUAUGCCACCGACUCUGCCGGACGCCGUAUUGUCCGUGCCGGCGAGCAGGUGACUCGAGCAUCUGUGCCCAUUGCAACGGCGAGCGCCGCAUGA